GGUGAGAGCAACAAAGCGUCCGCUCCGUCGCUGCCCGUCUGUCCUGACUAGCUCCCCCACCCCUCACUCCCUUCCCGUUCUCCUUCGCGCUUCUUUGCUUCCCCCCCACCCCUUUCCUUCAGUCCGCCAGUCGAGCUCUGAUCUUAAGCCGGCAGCAAACCCUCUAGAAAGCCCCCCGGUGUCAUCCUGAGAACUGCAGCCACUAUGAUGCAAAAGAAGACUGUGAUGAUGGUGGUGAUGAUGGUGGUGAUCAUUGCCCGGGUGUGAUGUGAUUGUCAUGGUGGGGACGGUGAUUUCGAGGCGGUGAGAGCUAGAGUGAGCGAGCGAGCGGGAGCAGAAGGAACGGUUGAUUCGCUUGUAGCUGCUGUGUGGGUUCGGAUUCUCCCCCAACCCCCACCCCGCCCCCCUCCUGACUCCAUCCUCUCCCCCACCACUGGAAGUCCUUCCGAAUCUAAAUGGAAUUAGUGGAGAUCGGAGUCCCUGGCGUAAGGAACAGACAUGAUCUAUGGACGCAGUUUGUUUCACAUUGCAGCAAGUCUGAUCAUCCUACAUUCAUCUGGGGCUACCAAAAAGGGAGUAGAAAAGCAAACCACUUCAGAAGCACAGAAAUCAGUGCAGUGUGGAAAUUGGACAAAGCAUGCCAAUGGAGGUAUCUUCACUUCUCCCAAUUACCCCAGCAAGUAUCCUCCAGACAGAGAGUGCAUCUACAUAAUAGAAGCUGCCCCCAGACAAUGUAUUGAACUUUACUUUGAUGAAAAGUACUCUAUCGAGCCCUCUUGGGAGUGUAAAUUUGAUCAUAUUGAAGUGAGAGAUGGACCUUUUGGCUUUUCUCCAAUCAUUGGACGUUUCUGUGGACAGCAAAAUCCACCUGUAAUAAAAUCCAGUGGCAGGUUUUUAUGGAUUAAAUUUUUUGCUGAUGGAGAGCUGGAAUCUAUGGGAUUUUCAGCUAGAUACAACUUCACAACUGAUCCUGACUUUAAGGACCUUGGAGUUUUGAAACCAUUACCAGUGUGUGAGUUUGAAAUGGGCGGACCUGAAGGAAUUGUGGAAUCUGUACAAAUUAUGAAGGAAGGAAAAGCUUCUGCCACUGAGGCAGUUGACUGUAAAUGGUACAUUCGAGCCCCACCACGAUCCAAGAUUUAUUUACGAUUCUUGGACUAUGAGAUGCAAAAUUCAAAUGAAUGCAAAAGGAAUUUUGUGGCCGUCUAUGAUGGGAGCAGCUCGGUAGAGGAUUUGAAAGCUAAGUUUUGUAGUACUGUGGCUAAUGAUGUGAUGCUGCGCACAGGUUUGGGGGUAAUCCGAAUGUGGGCAGAUGAGGGCAGUCGAAACAGUAGAUUCCAGAUGCUCUUCACGUCUUUCCAAGAACCUCCAUGUGAAGGAAACACAUUUUUCUGCCAUAGUAAUAUGUGCAUUAAUAACACAUUGGUCUGCAAUGGACUCCAGAACUGUGUGUAUCCUUGGGAUGAAAAUCACUGUAAAGAAAAAAGAAAGACUAACCUACUGGACCAGCUUACCAAUACCAGUGGGACUGUCAUUGGGGUGACUUCCUGUAUUGUGAUCAUCCUUAUUAUUAUUUCUGUCAUCGUACAGAUCAAACAGCCUCGUAAAAAAUUUGUCCAAAGGAAAGCAGAAUUUGACCAGACAGUAUUCCAGGAGGUAUUUGAGCCUCCUCAUUAUGAGUUAUGCACUCUUAGAGGGACAGGGGCUACAGCUGACUUUGCAGAUGUGGCUGAUGACUUUGAAAAUUACCAUAAACUGAGGAGGUCAUCUUCUAAAUGCAUUCAUGACCAUCACUGUGGAUCACAACUGUCUAGCACUAAAGGCAGCCGUAGUAACCUCAGCACAAGAGAUGCUCCUCUCUUGGCAGAAAUGCCACCCCAACCAGUCAAGCCCCUCAUCCCACCCAUGAACAGAAGAAAUAUUCUUGUCAUGAAGCAUAACUACUCACAAGAUGCUGCAGAGGCAUGUGACAUAGAUGAAAUUGAAGAGGUGCCCACUACGAGUCACAGGCUGUCCAGACAUGAUAAAUCUGUCCAGCGAGAAGAACUAUUUAUACAAACAUGGGGACUGUGAAAAGAAAAUUCUGUAGUGAAUUGCGAAAAGUGGACAUGUUUCUAAAUUCAUUCCACUGCCUUUAUCCAAACCUAAGAAUUACAGACAUUUGUUAUUCCUUCGGCAAGACAUCCCGCCUGCACAAUGAUAUGUUUAUUUUGUAAUUUGGUUGCUGGCCACCAAGUGCUCCUUAGUUUUUAAAUACAUUUUGAGAUUUACUGGAAACUUGAAGAAGAAAUUAGUUCCUGAUUAAGACUUUCCCUGCUUUGUUUUUCUUGUCAGUUUUAUUUCCUUCUAUGUUGUUUUCUGUCUUUGUUAAAUACUUGUAUAUGGUGUGAUAAAUGGAAAACAAAAUGAUUUAAAUGAAUCUUGUGUUGUAUGUACAUUGUUUUCAUUAUAUAGACUGCUUGAACAUAGUACAUCCCUGAGUGAUUUUGAACAUGCUACAGUGAAAUGUGAAAAUAUCGACCAUGGAAACACCAGCUAGAGGUUUUAUGGACUUUAACCAGCUAUUCUUAUAUCAUGAUCAAAUGCAACAAAAAAGUAUUGAGUUAAAUUAUUAGAUUGCAAUAAGAAAAAAAAAGAAAACCAACUCUGGUUUGUUUUGUCAUUCCCUACCUCGACUUCCCAGUUCUUCAAUUUCUUUUUUUUUUAAUACAAAAGUAGAUUCUAAUUUUCAGGAACAGUUUGUUGAAAUCAGGUAUUUAGCCAUUUGUACACAAGUUAAUAAAAAAAAGUUUGUUGGAUAAGCACCUAGCAAAAUGGCUGAAUUGACAGUUUGAGAAAGUACUUUGCAUGUCUGUACUGGAUAUUUGAUUUGGUAAAUAAUCCCUUUUAUCUGAUACAUUGUAAAAAGCAUGCAUUCACAAUUACUGCUCUUACUGUUCCAUUUCCUUGUGUCAUAUGCUUGCUACUUGUAAUUUUUUUACAUAAAGACACAUAAAAAUGUAUAAUAAUUUCCUACCUUGAGUUUAGAAAAAUGUUUUCUUUUACUCUUACACAUAUUAAUACACAAUUUUCAUGAAAUCUUUCUACUUUUCUGAUCUAUAAAGCUUCCUUAUUUGAGGCUUGAUAAAUGCCCCACACAUUUUGAUUUCUUAAGUUUUAAUGGAUAUUUAUGUGCUUUGAUGGCCCAUCUUAUCUCCAAAGACUCAUUUUAAAUUGGAAAAAUCUUUUUU